AGAGAGAGGGCGGGGUGUGGGGAGUUGAAGCCGCUGACGACACUCGAAUAACGGGACCGAAGAGGCUGCCUUUUUCUGUCCGGGCCGGUGGUGGCAGCGGCAGACUUUCACGCUUAAACAGCCUUGGGUUGAUUAAAAAAACAAUUGAGAGUGCCAUGAAAAAAGAAGAAUAACGACGAAUACAAUUAACUACUCGCAAUAACGGAAGAGCGACGAAGAGCCUAGCUUAAACGGCUCGGGCCAAAACAGAAAGGGGAGUGAAAGAGAGUGAAAAGUGAAGCAAGAGCGAGGAGUUAUUAUCUCUAAAGCAGACAUGGCAGAUGCAGAGCUGGAUUUCCAGACAGGCGAUGCCGGAGCGUCUGCCACCUACCCCAUGCAGUGCUCGGCCCUGCGCAAGAACGGCCACGUCGUGCUUAAAGGACGACCCUGCAAGAUCGUUGAGAUGUCCACGUCCAAGACGGGCAAGCACGGCCACGCCAAGGUCCACCUGGUAGGCAUCGACAUUUUUUCCGGCAAGAAGUAUGAAGACAUCUGUCCUUCCACCCACAACAUGGAUGUGCCAAACAUCAAGAGAAUGGACUACCAACUGAUUGGUAUCCAAGAUGGCUACCUGUCCCUGCUCCAGGACAGCGGGGAGGUGAGAGAGGACCUGAAGAUCCCCGAGGGCGACCUGGGCAAAGAGAUAGAGAACAAACACGAUGCCGGGGAGGAGAUCCAGGUGACUGUUCUCAAUGCCAUGGACGAAGAAGCCGCCAUCGGCAUCAAAGCCUUGGGUAAAUAAGCCGGCCACUGCAGGGGCUUGCACUGGACACCCGUGGGGGGAAAAGAAGGGAGGGAACUCCAUACUGUCCUCUCCGUCUUUUUCUUCCCUUCCUUUUUCCACACUUCUGGCUAUUUUGCUAGACAUGUAUUCAUGAGAAAUCAUCGCAAGGCCAACCAGGUCCAGCAUCUCCUUUGAGAGCAAAGGUUUUGGUUUUAUGUUCCAUCAUAAGGGCUUCACCCGAAGAUUUGCUCACUUUAUUUUUUAGCAAUUAUUUUUCUUUUUCUUUAUUUGGCCAUUUAUCUCAAGUAAGCCCUUACCACUUCCUCCUUCUUUGAUUUUCUGCAACAUUAAUAAUCGCCUGGAAAUUAAAAUGGAACAUUACCAA